UCAGGUGGUGGCUGGGUGGCUGCAGUCAGGAGUCAGGGAGGCCAGGAGGUCGGGGAUGGAGUCGGCUGGCCCUUCCUGGGGUGCGGUCCAGAAAAGUGGCAGAAUGAGCGAAGGACUCCGGGUGCAGCCCUCCUCCCCGGGUGGCCUGGGAGUGGGGCCAUGCGGGGACCCCACGAAUGGCUAGGGUGUAGCAAGAGUUUGGGGCUAUCCCGACGAGGUCUCAGGCAGCAGGGACGGGCGAUCCCUGUCCCGGGCUGGGGGCUGCCCCCUCCCCUGGCCUGGCUCCUGCCGCCCGUGCCGCCGGUGAAACGCUGUUGACAUGUCCUGAAUUAUUAAGCACGGGGUGGGCUCCGGAGCACAUGCUGAGCGGAGCGGCUGGGGCUGCGCGGCGUGGCGGAGCAGCGCUCGCUCCCUCGCUCCCUCGCUCGCUCGCUCGCUCGCAGGGACACACGCAGGGGCUGACAGCUGUGCCGGUGCUGAUAAGGGAAGCCACAAGGAGACGAUCGAGGAGAGAGACAAGCGGCGGCAGAGGCGUCAGCGGCAGCGGCAGCGGCAGCGGCAGCGCCAGGGCUGCGGAGUCGCCGGGAGUGGGAGUGACUCCCCCACCUCAGGCCCCCACCCUGUCCCCGUCCUCUUCCCGUUUGCCCUGAGUUUAGAAGAGCAGCCGCUGCCCCCGCAGCCACUCCGGAGGGCACCGGGGGCUGCUGGCCAGGGAGGGACAGGGGCAGGUAGGCUCCAACCAGUCCCAGCAGCUGGGCACAGAUGCCGAUCGAGAUUGUGUGCAAAAUCAAAUUUGCAGAGGAGGAUGCGAAACCCAAGGAGAAGGAGGCAGGGGAUGAGCAGAGCCUCCUGGGGGCCGCGCGGGGGGCAUCAGCCCCCCGGGACCUGGCCACCUUUGCCAGCACCAGCACUCUGCACGGGCUGGGCCGGGCCUGUGGCCCAGGCCCCCAUGGACUGCGCAGAACCCUGUGGGCACUGGCCCUACUCACCUCGCUGGCUGCCUUCCUGUACCAGGCGGCCGGCCUCGCCCGGGGCUACCUGACCCGGCCUCACCUGGUGGUAAUGGACCCGGCUGCCCCAGCCCCAGUGGCGGGCUUCCCGGCCGUCACCCUCUGCAACAUCAACCGUUUCCGGCAUUCGGCACUCAGCGACGCCGACAUCUUCCACCUGGCCAACCUGACCGGGCUGCCCCCCAAAGACCGGGACGGGCACCGUGCCGCUGGUCUGCGCUACCCGGAGCCCGACAUGGUAGACAUCCUCAACCGCACUGGCCACCAGCUCGCGGAUAUGCUCAAGAGCUGCAACUUCAGCGGGCACCACUGCUCCGCCAGCAACUUCUCCGUGGUCUAUACUCGCUAUGGGAAGUGUUAUACCUUCAACGCGGAUCCACAGAGCUCACUGGCCAGCCGGGUGGGGGGCAUGGGCAGUGGCCUGGAGAUCAUGCUGGACAUCCAGCAGGAGGAGUACCUGCCCAUCUGGAGAGAGACAAACGAGACGUCGUUUGAGGCAGGCAUCCGAGUGCAAAUCCACAGCCAGGAGGAGCCACCCUACAUCCACCAGCUGGGCUUCGGCGUGUCCCCAGGUUUCCAGACCUUUGUGUCCUGCCAGGAACAGCGGCUGACCUAUCUGCCCCAGCCCUGGGGCAACUGCCGAGCGGAGAGUGCGCUCAGGGAGCCUGAGCUUCAAGGCUACUCAGCCUACAGUGUGUCUGCCUGCCGGCUGCGCUGUGAAAAGGAGGCCGUGCUUCAGCGCUGCCACUGCCGGAUGGUGCACAUGCCAGGCAAUGAGACCAUCUGCCCGCCAAAUAUCUACAUCGAGUGUGCUGACCACACACUGGAUUCCUUGGGUGGGGGCUCCGAAGGCCCAUGUUUCUGCCCUACCCCCUGCAACCUGACCCGCUACGGGAAAGAAAUCUCCAUGGUCAAGAUCCCCAACAGGGGCUCAGCCCGGUACCUGGCAAGAAAAUACAAGCGCAAUGAGACCUACAUACGGGAGAACUUCCUGGUCCUAGAUGUCUUUUUUGAAGCCCUGACAUCCGAGGCCAUGGAGCAGCGAGCAGCCUACGGCCUGUCAGCCCUGCUGGGGGACCUCGGGGGACAGAUGGGCUUAUUCAUCGGAGCCAGUGUGCUCACGCUGCUGGAGAUCCUAGACUACAUCUAUGAGGUGUCCUGGGACCGACUGAGGCGGGCGUGGCGUCGUCCCAAGACCCCCCUCCGGACCGCCACUGGGGGCAUCUCCACUUUGGGGCUUCAGGAGCUGAAGGAGCAGAGUACCUGCCCAAGCCAGGGCCGCGCUGAAGGCGGAGGCACCAGCGGCCUGCUCCCAAACCACCACCCCCCGGGAGGCCUCUUUGAAGACUUCGCUUGCUAGGAUGGUGCUGCGUCCAAAAGGACCCAGGAGUCUGGGACUCCAGCCCAGAUCCCCACCGUAGCCUCCCGCUCUUAGGACCGAAGUCUUGGGGGCAGCCCAAAGCUGAGGGGAAGAGGGCGGUGCUCACUGGGAGGGUGGGGACUCGGUCCCUGCUCUCACCCACCCUAGUGCCAGCUGCUUUGCACAAGGGUCCCUCUUGUCCACACCCUCCACCCCCAGGCUGGUGCCCAGGGAGGGCUGGGGACCAGGCCAUGGGCCCCAGUGGAGGGGAGGAGAAAGGGAGGUGGAAAAAGGGGCCCACCCCAGAGGGGGUGGAACCCUCUGUACAUUUGUAUAUAUUU